CGCAUUCUUCUUGCCCCAAAUAACCUGCAUCAUGCCCCCCAAGGAGGAGAAGCCCCCGCUCACGGAGGAGGAGAUCCGCGAGAAGUUUGAUGAGGUGACGGCGACUUCCAUCGAUGCGCAGGCCAAGACUUUUCUUCGCGCCUUUGUCUCCGAGUUCUCGGGCAAGUUUGAGGAGGUUCUGGACCUUGCUGAAGAGUUUAAGAAAUAUGCCCCCGAUACUGGCGUGGUUCGCGAGCUGGAAGAGGACAAGGCGCACCUCUUCCUCGAACGCCGCGGCGAAACGCUCACCGUCAAGGAGCUUCGUGACGCUCUGAAGGAGAUUGAUCUCGACAGCAACAACCGUGUCAGCUUUAUCGAGUACUGCAUGUACAAGUAUGAGAAGAAGCUGCCCGAGCUGUUUGAGGAGAAGGACCAUCAGAUUGAGCACCUUUUGCGUGCCCUCGAGGCUGCCAUUGAUGCUUACCAGCAAGCCCUUGCCGAGAAGCAGGCCCGCGAAGAAAAGAUCAAGCAAUUGGAGGCCCAAGCCGAGCAGGGUGGUGUCAAGGGCAUGCGUGCCAAGGCUGAGCUCGAGGCCAUGCGCAACGAGGAUCAGCUCGAGCGCAACAAGCGUGAAAUUCAAGCCGGUGCUAAGCAACGGGCAGCCCAAAAGGCCGUCGACAAUGGCGACCCCUAUGCUGAGGAACAGAAGCGCCUGGCUGCCGAGAAGAAGAAGCGCGAGGAAGAAGAGAAGAAGCAGCGCGCUGAAGCCCGGGCACGUCUUGCUGAGAAAGCAAAGCUCUGGAACUGAGUUCACCCACUGCAUCUUUGCAUGUCAACAUUUGCACGCGAUAUAAUUUUUUUUUUCUUGGGACGGGUGGGGGGGAAACCACCCACACUCAUCCGCAUUCUUCUUGGUUUUAAGCCUGCCUGUGUCUCGCUCUCCCUUUUUUGCCGACGCAUCAUGUUUGUGACGCUCUCGCCCCACGCCUGCAAUGCAGCCGGUUUUCUUUGAAAAAGACCAUUGGGGAGGCAGGCAACCUUGUUCAAUCUAUAAACAAU